AUGCGUGUUUCUAAGGAUGGAGGCAAUAUUCUACCAGUCACCAAGAUUAUCGUUCAAUAUAUUCAAAGAGAAGUUCAGUCAACCUCGGUGAUGGAGCGUAGAUCCUUGGGAAGACUUGAACAAACCAAAACAGAGCGAGUUAAGCCAGCCAAAAACCCUGUUCCCAGACCCCCAGCACCAGCACCACCGUCAGAAUCCUAUGAGAAAAAGAUUCAAGAUCUCACAAGACAGUUAGCCUCUUUGACGGCAGGAAAGAUGGCACCUCCACACCAACCAUUGGAUGCAAAUCUUCCACCCUCAGCUGCUCCAAACAACAUACCUUUCAAGAAACCAGACUUCAAAUGUUACUACUGCUUCCAGGAUACUCACAGUAGCAAUAGAUGUAGUCUAUUUACCUUUGAUGAAUCUCGAGGACUAGUGAAGCAAGAAGGACGGGAUUAUCUCUUGCCCGACAACACCAAAAUUGCAUGGGAUACUUGUCAAGCCAUUAAAGACAAAGUGGAUAAGUUUGAGUGUAACUCUAAGAAAACUACGGCGGCUGUGGUCACUUCCUUGUUUGGAGAACUGGAGGAAUGUGAAAUUGAAGAACAUGCAGCAUAUGACGUGGACUUAGGGAAGCGAAUGCGGUCAGAAAAGGAACUGGAAAAAUCUGGAAGUGGAAAGAGGGGAAGAGUUGAGAAGGAUGCUGUGAUGGAUAUUGACGCAGAGGAUUUAAUCAAAAAGGCAACGACUCAAAAAUCUGCUCAAGGACCUUCAAAAACAACUACCAUACCCGCCAAGGAAUAUCCAGGAGUUGAAGAAGAAACGGUGAAGCGUAUGUUGACGGAGGGAAAAAUGACUCUAAGCUAUGGAGAAAUUUUUUCUAUCUUGAAUGGAGUUGUGGACGUCUUCAAGAAUAAGAUUUCAAACAGACGAGUACCUGUGAAAGAAAGUGAAAGCUCCAAUCACGCAUCACUGGCAAAUAAUGAAGAGGACAAACUCUCAGUAACGCACUAUUCCUGCCCUCUAGGUUAUAUUAAACAUAGUAUCAACGGUGCCAACAGCAAAGCCUUAUUGGAUACUGGUUUGAUGGUGAAUUUAAUGCCGGAGCAUAUGGCACAAAACCUAGGAUUGGUCAUAGCCAAGAAACCAAUGAACUUGAAAGGAAUAGGCGGACACCAAACGGGAAUUAUUGGAAUCACUGAGAGUCAAAGUGGUGAUUGGGAAAAUAACUAG